GUCAGUCUCUGUGCUCCGCGUCCUCGUACUUACCGCUCACGUACCUUCCGGACCGGAAAGGCCGCCAAGAAGGCUGGGAAGGCCCAGAAGAACAUCUCCAAGGGAGACAAGAAGAAGAAGCGUAAGAGGAGGGAGUCAUACCCCAUCUACAUCUACAAGGUCCUCAAGCAGGUCCACCCCGACACUGGUACCUCCAGCAAAGCCAUGCCCAUCAUGAACUCAUUCGUGAACGACACCUGCGAGAGGAUCGCCCCGCCGCCAAGCCGACACUACAACAAGAGGGCGACCAUCACCACCUGUCGGGAGAUCCAGACCGCUGUCCGUCUCCUUCUGCCCGGUGAAUUGGCUCUGACUUAAAAAAAUAUGACACUCAAUAUAGAAAACUAAUUGCAUCUUCCAUAAUUUUAUAAUUUAUUUAAGUAAGACUUAUUGUUUCUAUUAGAUUUCUUAAAGGCCACACUGGUUUUUACUCUACUUUUUAAAAUCUUGCUUCAACAAUGUAAAAAGAAUAGACGAAGAUAGAAGUGUCUUACAAUUACAGAGAAGAAUUGAUACGACUUGCCAAAUAAAUAAUAUUUUCUUAGAAUUUAGUUUCGAUUUAUAUUAUUGAGUUGAUAAUAUUAAAGUUAGGUUCACGUAAACUUGUCUAUAUUAAAGUAAGUUUAUAAACAUUAGGUUUAGUGAGAAGGAACCAAUACUUCACUCAUUGUCACUCAGACUGGUCAGCUA